AUGGCCAAAGGCCUUGGACUUGUGUCGCUGUGUUUGUUAUUGCAGGACAUUGUCAUACGCAACCCUGACUAUGUAUUUACUGUAUCAUCACAAGCUAUUGCUAGUGCUUCACCAGAUAUUCUAGCUUACCUUGAAAAUAUAUUGGACCUAAGGUCAUCUGAACCAUGGAGUUACCGUCGUCUCCCAACUCCUACAGCUACUUUUCCUGCUACUAUUUAUAGUGAAGAGGACGAUAGUGAGAAUGAGGUUCAAAGGACACGUGACGGCCAUACAAAGCAAUCCACAUCGAAAAAUGAAAUACACCAAAGACCGGAUUCCUUUCUACAGCCCAAAGAUGAUCCAAAUCAUGAUAUCGGCAAGCAAGUUCGAGCCUUGCGGAACAAGUUGCAGCAGAUUGAGAUGCUUGAAGCAAAACAGUCUAGUGGGCAACUUCUUGAUGACCAGCAAAUUACAAAGCUUCAGAUGAGACUAGCUCUUGAAAGCGAGCUUGCUGAGCUUGGUGUUCCAGUUGAGACAUCACAAUUGAAGGCAUCAUCUUCAGUUCAGCCAGAUGGAAAAGGGAACAAAAGGGUUGAGCUAUCAAAAAAACAGAGGAGAAAGAACAAACAGAUGGCCACACCAGUGGAUAUAGGGUCUUCUUUUCCAGGAGAUGAAGUAGAACCGAAACACACAAAGGAUUUCUUGAGUAUUGAAAUCUCUCAAACCACAAAAAAUAUGGCGAGCUUGUUAAAUUCCAAAAUUCGUUUUAUUAUCAGGAGGAAGAUGCCAUGAGUGAAGGGAUUAUGACAAACCAAACCACUAAGGAGUCAGCUUUGUGUGUUCAGAAGGACAAUUUAAACCUAACCAAGAAUAAAUGUUCAUCACCAAUAACUUCCAAGAAGAAGAAUAAAAAGGGUGGGCUUUCUAUGUUCUUGAGUGGCGCUCUUGAUGAUGACCCCAAAUACAUUGCACCACCCCCACCUUCUCCAAAAAGUGAAGGCCCUGCAUGGGGUGGGGCCAAAAUCCCUAAAGGAUUUGCAUCUCUUCGUGCGAUUCAGGAUGAGCAAAGCAAAACCAAGGACAGUCAGUCAACCAGAAACAGAGGUCAUGCAGAAGAUCCUUUCAAUGCUAGAAGUGAUGGGAAGAUUCUACUGAGUUCGUUUUUGCCUUCCAAGGCAAUACCAGUGGUCUCGAUACCAGUGGUUGCAACCCAUACUUCAGUGGCAUCUGAUGGAGAAAGAGGUACACCUCCCCUUCUUUCUCGCCCUUCUCUUAGGGACAUCCAAAUGCAGCAGGGAAAACAUCAUAGUCUUUCCCACAGUUUCGUUGCUCCUCUGCUUGGCUUCUCCGGUAGAUCUAUCCUGGAUCUAGUUUAUCCGGGGAUUGUUUUGGUGAUUCGGUGGCUUGGGUGUCUUUCCCCUGCGGCCGCCGCUUUGGCUUUGUUCUCUUGGGCAUUUGGUGUCCCCAUUUUGCUGGUUCCGAUGCUCUCUCCUUGGAUGAGAGCGGGUGACGUCGUUCAAGCAUACCCUGCUUGUAUCGUAGGCUUCAUGCCUCCUAUCUGCUCAGAUCCCUCACAUCUCCACCAAUCCAUCCUUCACAGAGCUGUCCUUUGGCCAUCGUCACUUCGGUUGCUGGGUUUCCCUUGGUGCUUCGGUCUUUCGAACCGACUUCAUCACCCGGAUUCUCUGGCUAACCCUAAACGCGAGCUCUCGCGUCCCCCUCGGAAGGUGUGUAGAGCCGCGACAACGCUCCGACUCUGGUGCCUGCACCACCUCCUUCCUGUUACUUGGUUACAUUUCCUUUGCCUUUGGACUGCUCUGAGAGUUACUGGUUUUUGUGGUAGAUCUGUGAUGUGGGUCUGUACUUUAUGUAAAUUUUCUUGUUUCAACUUGUUGUUGCUACCACAUGUUAUGUGUGGGUUUUGUUUUACUGCUGGCCUUAUGCCCGUUUAAUUUUCAUCCGGUGGGUUAUGAUCUUCAUGCUAUGCCUGUGUUGGGUUUUAGUUAGAUCUGGUCCUGCUUUUGUUCUGUUGCCUUUGUUGUGCUCCUCGCCCUUUGUGGGUUUUCAAUGAAUUGCCUUUCGACAAAAAAAAAAGACUAAAACGGCUGGAUUCUCAGUCACUAAUGGUCAGGGUUCACCAUUGGAUGCCCCUGGAGUGAACCGCUGGUUCAAACCAGAGGUGGAUACACCCUCAUCGAUUCGAUCAAUUCAGAUUGAGGAAAAGGCUAUGAAGGACCUUAGGCGCUUCUACAGCAGCGCAAGGAUUGUGAGGAACCCAUCUUAAAUUAGGUAGAAAUAGAGGCACCUCCUGUUCGUUUAUUUCAGUUUACAUUUUGGGUUAAAUACACUGCUGUACAGUGAACUGUAUAGAAUUAGCUCAGCGGAUUCUUUUUAUAUCCUUCAUAUCCAUAAAGUAGCAUAAGUUUAUCUCAAACUCCUUUUUGGGAUUUUGUUUCCUUUAAUUUUUUUAGAUCUUUGGUGACCAGUUUCUAGGUUAGGGCAUGGCCAUUUGAAAUGUGAUAUUUUAAAUUUAGGGAUUGUAAGUUAUGUUGUAUAAUGUCAAUAAAUCAAUGAAAGUUUCUGUUUUCCAACUGGAAAAAAA